GGAGGAGGGGAAUUACAAGGAUGCAGUCAAAUUAGUUAUUGACAUUCGAGAUUGUGGGUUGAAGCCAGAAAUAUACAGCUAUUUGAUUGCAAUGACAGCUGUGGUAAAAGAGCUGAAUGUUUUUGGAAAAGCUUUACGCAAAUUGAAAGGUUUCGCCAAAAGUGGUGUCAUUGCGGAGCUUGAUUUAGAAAAUCUAAGGCUCAUUGAAGAAUAUGAAGCAGAUUUGUUGGCUGAGGGUGUACGUUUGUCGAAUUGGUUGAUUAGAGAAGGAGGUCCUUCUCUUUUUGGGGUGGUUCAUGAGAGGCUUGUUGCAAUGUAUGUAUGUGCUGGGCGUGGAAUAGAAGCAGAGAGACAUUUGUGGCAAAUGAAGUUAGUUGGGAAGGAAGUGAGCGGAGAUCUUCAUGACAUUGUCUUAGCAAUAUGUGCUUCCCAGAAGGAGCCGGAGCUAGGCCCUAUCUCAAGGUUGCUCACCAGAAUGGAGGCAUCAAGCUCAUUACAGAAAAAGAAAACAUUGUCAUGGCUGUUGAGAGGUUAUAUUAAAGGUGGACAUUUUGAGAAUGCUGCAGAGACAGUAAUUAAGAUGCUUGACCUGGGUCUGUAUCCCGAGUUUUUGGACAGAGCAGCUGUGCUGCAGGGACUAAGGAGAAGAAUUCAACAAUCUGGAAGCUUGGAAAUUUACCUCAACCUUUGCAAAAACCUUUCAGAUGCUAGUUUGAUUGGUCCAUGUCUUGUAUAUCUCUACGUAAACAAAUAUAGAUUGUGGAUAAUAAGGAUGCUAUGAGCAACUUGGAGAAGCUGACCGUGCUCUUGUUGUUACAGGCCUUGAUGUGUAUACUAUAUAUAUAUAUAUAUAUAUAUAUAUAUAUAUAUAUAUAUAUAGUCGCUCAAGUUCAAGUUCAGUUUCGUAUAUAAUGUACAUGUAAAACUACUCCACAAUGAAAAAUAAACUAUUCCCUAUAUUUCA